AUGAAGAGGAGAGCGAUGAAGAGGAUCCAAAAUGGCUCAGCGGCCUCUGAUGAUACCGAUUCUGAACUUGAUGAUGGCGUUGAGGGUCAAAUGAGGAGGGAAGACGUGCUGACUUUCAAGCUCUUUCUCCUUCUCCCUUACAAGCAGAUCUCCAGGCUCCCUCUCCCUCCAACCUCACGGUCCGACAUCAUCGACCUCACGGAAAUCAUCCCUCUCCUUCACACGCUAACCUCCAGGCUCCUCUCAUUCAAACCUCACGAUCCGAAAUCAUUGAUAUCACCUUACGAGCUGACCUUCAAGCUCCCUCUCCCUCCUUACGUUCCGAUACCAUCGACAUCACGGACAUCACCUCACCAGCUGGACGAGGCACAAGGGGUCUAA